UUUUUUAUGGUGAUUGCUCGUGACUACAAUAUUCGUUGUCUACAACUUACUGACUACUGAGUGUACUGCAUAGAUAAGUUUACCUGUAACCUGUGUACUGUGUAGUGACUGAUAGUUAAUUUUGGUAUUAAUUAUUAGUAGGCAUUUAUUACUCACAUUUAUUAGAUAAAACAAAACUCUCCACAUGUUGUUUUUAGUUACUUGUACAUUUUAAUUUUCUUUACGGUUUAUAAUUUUUUUAACAAUAUGAAUUUCCCUGCACUUAAAAAUGAUCGUAUUUUGCGAGCAGCUAGAGGUGAAGAAGUCGAUCGUAUUCCAGUAUGGGUAAUGCGACAGGCUGGUCGAUAUUUACCUGAGUUCAGAGAAUUGCGAUCGCGUUACGAUUUUUUCACUAUAUGCCGAACACCGGAGCUCGCUUGUGAAGUCACUCUGCAACCAAUUCAGAGAUAUGACCUCGAUGCUUCCAUCAUUUUCAGCGAUAUCCUGGUGAUUGUUCAGGCAUUAGGUAUGAUUGUUGAAAUGCAACCUAGUGUUGGACCUGUAAUUCCAGAUCCUCUCAAGGAACCUAUAGAUUUAGACAGACUAAACCAAUCAAUUGAUGUUAAACAAGAAUUAGGAUAUGUAUUUGAAGCUAUAACAUUGACUAGACAUCGAUUAAACGGCCAGGUACCUCUUAUUGGAUUUACUGGUGCACCAUGGACACUCAUGUGUUAUAUGAUAGAAGGAGGUGGCUCCAAAACUAUGUCAAAGGCCAAAAAAUGGUUGUACAAAUAUCCAGAAGAAAGCAAAAAACUAUUACAAAUCCUUACAGACAUUAUAGUGAAAUAUUUGAUAGAGCAGGUGAAUGCUGGUGCUCAAAUGUUGCAAGUGUUUGAAUCAAAUGCAGAAUACUUAAAUUCUGAAUUGUUCGACAGAUAUAGUGGUCCAUAUUUGUCAGCCAUUUGCUCUCGUGUUAAAAAUGAGUUGAAGGGUAAUAGUGUACCGAUGGUGGUAUUUGCGAAAGGAGGUCACUAUGCUAUGAAACAAUUAUCUACUUUUGACUAUGACGUUAUUGGCUUGGAUUGGACAAUUGACCCUGUUGAAGCUAGGAAAAUUGUUGGUAAUAAUAUAACUUUACAAGGCAAUUUAGACCCUUGCUCUUUGUACGGUCCACCUGAACAAAUAAAAGAAAUGGUUAACAAUAUGGCAUCCAAAUUUACAAAACACAGAUACAUUGCAAAUUUGGGUCAUGGUAUCUAUCCUGAUGUAGAUCCUGAACACUUGAAGGCUAUGAUUGAUGCUGUACAUGAAUGUUAAGAAAAUCUAUGUACUUUUGUAUUGGAACCAUACCAGAAAUGUAAUUUCUAUUAUUUAGUUGAUUGGGUUAAAUGGAAAAUAUUUUAUUUUUGUAAUACAAUGUUAUGUAAAAAGUAAAAGACGUAAUACUUCAUUCAAAUAUUUACAUUUAUCUACCACCUACUUUAUGUAUCUGAUGGGUACAUCAUAUUAUAUUUUUGAUUGUUUUACUCAAUA